AUGUCUUCUACUAUUGCGGUCGGACUGGCUGCAUACGGCAUUGGGCUUUCGGUCGAAGGCAUCUCGGAGUUUCAACGCAAGGCUUUCAAGCAGGAACCCAAGAAUAAAGGAAUGCCGUAUGGGGGUGGUCUUUUCUCACUAGCCACUGAUAUCAACUACGGUGCUUACACUAUCUGGCGAGCUGCAUAUGCUAUGGCCUGUGGUGGGCUUUUCUGGGGCGCAAUGACCUUUACUUUCUUUUUCCGUGUUUCUGCAACCCGUGGCGUGCCCGUGUUGGAUGUGACGAACUGA